AUGGUGGCGUUCUGUUUAGACCCGCUCUGUAUUUCGGUUUUUAGGGCGUGGCCUGGAUUCACCUCUAAUCGAGGAGUGCCGGAAUCCGGAGUGGGCGUGGCCGCGCGCGCAAUACGUCGAGCCGUUAAUUCACCUGAGCCGCGGCGUAUAUAAAGUCAGGGACAUGACGGGGAAGCGGGGAAACGAGUCGAGACUGCAGCCUCAUCAUCAUCAUCAUCAUCAGCCAUGCGCGUGCACAAGGAUGAAUCACGCAACCUCCUGUUUGUGUUGUGCUUUUUGAUUAGGACCACACACAGCGCUGCUAUGAAAAACGACGCGACGGAGAUUGUGUACCCGCACACGGCGGAGGAUCCCGGAGAAGAUGCACCCGCAGAUGAAGCGGCGCUGAACCGCGCGCGCAGUGGAGGCAGAGGGUCCGAGAGCGCGGCGCGGGAGCGAGCCGCUCCAGGUCCAAUGGGCUGCAGAGAACUGCGCUCCACAAAGUACAUCUCAGAUGGCCAGUGCACCAGCAUCAAUCCCAUUAAAGAGCUGGUGUGUGCAGGAGAGUGCCUCGCAGCCCAGGCACUCCCGAACUGGAUAGGAGGAUAUGGCAGAAAGCAGAGGAACCGUCAGAGUGGCCAGGACUGGCGCUGUGUCAACGACAAGACCCGUACUGAACGCAUCCAGCUGCAGUGCCAGGAUGGCAGUACCAGGACCUACAAGAUCACAGUGGUGACCAGCUGCAAGUGCAAACGUUACCUGAAACAGCACAACGAAUCAGCAAACAAGUCUGAGAGCAUCACUCAACGUCAGCAGGUCCACAAGCCUAAAAGCAAGCGGAAGCACCGGAAUAGCAAAGUGAAUGGGAAUUGGCAUGAGUCGGAGUCCUGAGACUAAGGGCUCUGAAUGAAAAAAAAAAAGAAAAAAAAAAAAGACUAUGGACUAUAAGUGAAAGAAGGACUGCAGAGCUGAAGCUCAGGAGCAGUGGACAUUGAUUAAAAGUCUAAAAAAAAAUGUUGGAUUGGAAAUUUAUUCCAUUCCAGAUGAAGUGGCUUCUGACCAAACCCAGCUUCCAGCAAAGCGCCACACAAUCACUGCUCAUGCUUCCUAUACAAUCCAUAACGACUUAAUGCCAGACUUUGGCAUUUCAGUAUAUAAUGAAAAUAUCACCUGACCAUGACAGUCUCUCUGUGAGAAAUCGUAGCACUGGCUGUACUAUGCUUCGAAAGCCAGAUGACCCUGAAUAUCUCAUGUUUGAGAACAAUAUAGCUGUGUAAAUAAAGUAAAUACAGUCUUUUUAUCUAAUGUGUGUAAAUACAAAGCAUUUAAAUGUGUAACUGCAAGAUAUUUAGUUACUGUUAGCAAGUAUACAUUGAUGUAAUAUAUUUUUUACUGACACUCUUGUUGUGUGGUUUAUCUAAUCCUUUAUAAACAUGUGAUAAUUUUUAUGCAGGCAUUAUAUUGCACUAUUUCAAACGAUUGCAAUUUCACUGUUUUGGCGUAAACUUAUUAAAUAAUAAUUCAUAAUUUGGAUACACUUCA